UCAAACUCAUCUCACAAACCCCAAAAAACAUUUCUUUCUCCAUUUCUUCUUCUAGUUCUCCCAACAACACAAAAUACAAUAACAAAAGAAAACCAAAACAAGAAGAAGAAAUGGCCUCCUCAAUGAAAUCAUCUUUGAUCAUUUUCUUUACCUGUUCCCUUUUCCUCCAAGUAGCUCUUGCUACAUACAAAAGGGAGGUUAUUUGUGAGAAUUUGCCAAAUGGUGUUUGUGCAUUCUCAAUUGCAUCAUCAGGGAAGAGGUGUUUAUUGGAGAAAUCAACAACAGAAGAUGGGAUAUGUGAGUACACAUGCAAGACAUCAGAGGUUAUUGUUGGAAACAUGAGAGAACACAUUGAGUCAGAUGAAUGUGUUGAGGCUUGUGGUGUUGAUAGAAACUCUGUUGGAAUUUCUUCUGAUUCUUUGCUUGAGGCUCAGUUUACCUCCAAGCUAUGCUCUCCAGCUUGCUACCAAAAAUGCCCCAAUAUUGUUGACCUUUACUUCAACUUGGCUGCCGGUGAAGGAGUAUACUUGCCCGACCUGUGCAACAAGCAGAGGACCAACCCACACCGUGCCGCAAUGGAGUUGCAAAGCAGUGGUGCGGCUGAAGAUUUUGCUGAUGCUCCUGCUCCAUCUCCUUCUUCUUUCUAAAUUGCUUUUGCACCUUUUGUUUUUUUAUAAAGUACAUUUUUACAAACGACUUUGUUGUUUGUGAAGAGUUUGCAUUCAAUUUUUAAUUCCUUGGGUUUGCUGGGAUAUUUUUCCCUGGGACAUAUGUUUGUACCGAUUCUUUUUCCACUGAGACUUGAAUAAAGAUUCUUCUUCUUUUA